AUGGCGUCUCCCCCCGGGGGCGGCCACUUGCUGGGCAGCGCGGGCAGCCUCCUCCCGGCGGCCUUCAGCGCCGAGCUGCCCGGAGCCCCCCACCCGGCGGCGGCGGCAGGAGGAGGAGGCGGCAGUGGCGGCGGGUCCUGCUCCUCGGCCGCCUCCUCGCCGCCCCUGCCCGGCUUCGGCACGCCCUGGUCGGUGCACAGCUCGCCGCCGCCGCCCUCCAGCGCCGCCGCCAUGGCCCCGCCGCCCAGCCCCGAGGCCUCCGGGAGCGGCUUCUACGCGGCCAGCGGCGGCGGCGGCAUCCCGUCGCCCCUCAACCCGGCCUUCUUCCAGAGCUUCUCCCCUCACGCCGCAGCCUCGUCCGCCGGGCCCUUCGGCGGCCCCUUCUCGGCCCCGCCGCCGCCUCCUCCGCCGCCGCCGCCGCCUCAGAUCGCUUUGCCUCAGCAGCAGCCCCCCAACCGCCGCUCCCCGCUCAGCCCGCAGCUCCAGCAGCAGCACCAGGCCGCCGCCGCCUUCCUGCAGCAGAGGAACUCCUACAACCACCACCAGCCUCUUUUGAAGCCGUCACCUUGGAGUAACCAUCAGAACAGUGGCUGGAGCACAGGAAACAUGUCGUGGGGAAGUAUUCAUGGUAGGGACCACCGUAGAACUGGAAACACAGGGAUUCCAGGAACCAUGAACCAGAUCUCUCCCUUGAAAAAGCCGUUUUCUGGAAACGUCAUAGCUCCACCUAAAUUUACACGUUCUACUCCGUCGUUGACACCGAAAUCGUGGAUUGAAGAUAACGUUUUCCGGACGGAUAGUAACAGUAACACGCUCUUACCCUUACAGGUAAGAAUGGAUCGAAACCGAAUGUAUGACAGUCUGAACAUGCACUCGUUGGAAAAUUCUCUUAUUGAUAUAAUGAGAGCUGAGCAUGAUCCUCUUAAAGGUCGUUUGAAUUAUCCACAUCCAGGGACUGACAAUCUUCUAAUGUUAAAUGCGAGGAGCUAUGGGAGAAGACGAGGUCGUUCUUCACUCUUCCCAAUAGACGACGGAUUGUUGGACGAUGGUCAUACUGAUCAAGUUGGUGUGUUGAAUUCACCUACUUGCUAUUCCGCUCAUCAAAACGGAGAACGGAUAGAACGGUUCUCUCGAAAAGUGUUUGUUGGUGGUCUUCCGCCAGACAUCGAUGAAGAUGAAAUUACUGCUAGCUUCAGACGAUUUGGACCUCUGGUGGUUGACUGGCCUCACAAAGCAGAAAGCAAAUCCUAUUUCCCCCCUAAAGGUUAUGCAUUCCUCCUUUUCCAAGAGGAGAGUUCUGUCCAGGCACUGAUUGAUGCCUGCAUAGAAGAAGAUGGAAAGCUCUAUCUGUGUGUUUCUAGCCCCACUAUCAAGGAUAAGCCAGUCCAAAUCCGUCCCUGGAACUUAAGCGAUAGUGACUUUGUAAUGGAUGGUUCACAACCUCUUGACCCUCGGAAAACUAUAUUUGUGGGCGGUGUCCCCAGGCCAUUAAGAGCUGUGGAGUUGGCCAUGAUAAUGGACCGACUCUACGGUGGAGUUUGUUAUGCAGGAAUCGAUACAGAUCCUGAACUGAAAUACCCAAAAGGUGCUGGGCGAGUUGCUUUCUCCAAUCAGCAGAGCUACAUUGCUGCCAUUAGCGCUCGGUUUGUUCAACUUCAGCAUGGCGAUAUUGAUAAACGAGUGGAGGUAAAGCCAUAUGUGUUGGAUGACCAGAUGUGUGACGAAUGCCAGGGUGCAAGAUGUGGUGGAAAGUUUGCUCCUUUUUUCUGUGCCAACGUCACUUGCCUGCAGUAUUACUGUGAGUUUUGCUGGGCGAACAUCCAUUCUCGGGCAGGACGUGAAUUCCAUAAGCCAUUGGUUAAGGAGGGGGCUGACCGCCCACGCCAGAUCCACUUCCGCUGGAACUGAGCUAGAUUUGUCAAGAUCCUCAUAAGGAAAGAAGAGUGCAUGUGGCCUACUGUGUUUGAAGAAACUGACAUGCAGAAGAAAUAAGUGCAUUUUUCUGCUUCUUACCCCAACUCUCAAUACAUGCAUCUUUUUCAGCAGCCAAAACACUACAAAAGCCUCUUGUUUUUCACCAAAACCCUACAUCUCAGGCUUACUGAUUUUUGUGAUAUUUUCAUGUUAAAAUAAAAAAAAAUGUUUUUUUGUAUUUUUCUCCAACUUAUUUUUAUAUGUAAAUUUAAAACUAAAUAUGAGAAUGUUUUUGCAUAGGGGCAGGCAGUCUGCUGCUAUAUUUAGUGGGUGAAGCGUGCACUUAUUUCUAAACAUGGGUUUUUAAAGUUCAAGAUCUGCCCCAGUAAUUUACCAAAGGUAGCAAAAAUAGUGAAGAUGGAAUAUGUCUGCUACAAAAAAAAGCUUAUUUUUAUUGUUGCUAUUUUCAGUGUAUACAUCGAUUAAAAAAAUAGGGUUGAUUUUUUUGCCUCCGUUUUGACUUGCAAGAAAUAAUACCUCAAGAUAAUCUGAUUUAUUAGCUAUUUUUAAACAUUUAUAAUCACAAGCUGUAUUAGCUUUGCUGCUAUAUAGGUGUUGUGUGUAAUGCCACCUAUAAAUACGGGAUUUCAAGAUACACUGCAUUACAGAUUAAAAUGCAGGCAACACCGUAUGGCCAAAAACUGCCAUAGUUUUAGAAUGUGAAAAACUGCAUGUUUACUUACCUGUAUACACCAUAUGCAUGCACUAGAUCUAACAAGACGCAAGUUAUUGCAGUUUUUUUUAAAGGCUCUGAACUCUAGGUAGCAUGAGCAAAUUGCAAAAUUUGUUACAAAAAAGACUUGCAUGCAUGAUUGUGACUCAAAGUUUUAUAACGUCCUACAUGUGUACGAUAUGCAAAUUAGUUUUAGAUUAGAAAGUGCAGCCAUUUUGUGACCUGGUUGGUAGUGGAAUUCAAUUUUUGCAGACUGGAUAUAAUAUUGUAACCCCUGUGCAAUUUUGUGAUGUGUGUUUCUAAUUAAUGUGGCGUGGUGUAGCAUAGACACGUUUGAGUAAGAAAAACAACUACUAGGGUUUUGUUUUUUUCCAAACUUAUUCUUUCAGCCCCAUUAAUCAUUCAUGGUUAAAACUUCCUCUACAAAACCAAAGAUGGCCAGCCCACUGCUAACCAGUCACCAAAUGGGAAACUACUGAGAAAUAUGUGUAGAAACGUGUUCAUAAAGGAAAGGCUGACGCUUUAGUAAUAAAAUCUAAAUGAAGUCAAAAUGGAGAUGGUGUAAUAUACAGACAGCUAGUUGCAUAAGCUAAAAUUUACCUUUAAGACAACAGUGAAAUGGGAUUAAAAUUGUAUGUGUGCUUGCUUGACCUUGAGUGCAUUUGGUGUUCUGUCCAAUUGGGGUCACUGUUGCAUGAAAUGUCAUUAGUUGAUUGACAACCAAACAUAGUAAUUUCUUUUAAUGUUGAUGGAGAUCUAGUGAUGACAUGGCCUGCAAAUUUUUUGAGAAGAAAUGAAAACUACAUGCCUACUUUCCAUAGAUUCUGAACGAGAGAUAUUCAUUAGCAUUUGUCCCUCUCCAAGCAUUUCACUGCAACUAGCCCUUACGUUUCAGUGAAAAGAAAGAGCUGCUCUACAGUUUAAGCAAGCACUCAGCAAUGGCAAAUGCAAAACUGAAAGUCUCUAACUCCUAGAGAGAAACGUACAAGGGUUUUGCUCUUGGCAACCCCAUGGGGACAAUCCUUCAUGUAUGCAAAGUGUUACUCUUACAUUGGUCAUUUGCAGUGUGCUUUUUGUACUGUACGAUAUGUGGUUCGUGUCUAACUCUGCUGUUUUGUCGUGGUUGUGGUUCAUGUUUUUAAUGUUUUAAAGUUGAUGCUGUUUUAAGAAGAGCUUUUAAACUGAUUUGUUUGUCAAUGUUCCCUAUUUGUUACUUAACCAUGAUCCUCCAGAUUUUUUGGAGUAUUCUUUUCUAACCUUUAAAACCCUGCCAAACCUUGAUCCAUUUUUGACAUUUGUUAUGCACUAUUUUUAUAUCUCUAAGAGAGAUUUUUUUCCAACAAGUCAGCUAUUUUAAGGCACACCUUUUUUUGACUGAUGACAUCUCCUUUGCUAUACCUCAAUUUUUGGAAUUCAGAAAAGAGGAAAAAAAAAUCAGUAGUUUUGCAAUGUUAAUUAUUUAGAUAUAAUUUAAUUCUGCAGAUGUUUUUAACUUUAUUUUCAUAUUUCUUGCUUGAAGUUUAAAAUUGAAGAGCCUUUACGUGUUUUAAAUAAUGAAAACAAAUAUGGAAAAACAAUUGAAAUAAUUGGAGAUGUUGAAAAAUCCAUUUAUCUUCCCAUUACGCUAUGAAAGCUAGAGAAACAUGAGGACAUCUCUUCUUUAAUUUUGGUGUGGGUAAAUGUAACCAAAAUAUCAAACUUUGCUUGACACUUAAAUUUCUGGAGCUAUUAAAGCAGAUAGCUUCUGCAUCUGUUCUCUUUCUUUUGUUCUUUUGAAGAUUGUGCUCUUAGGGCAGAAUCCACCAUGAAGGUCUUUGGUGCCAGCAGCCUUUGGAACUUGUGGGAGCCGGGCAAGGACAUAAGUGUAGUUCUUUGCCCCUGAGCACAGAGCACUGGUGAUUGGGUGGAUUGUGCUCUUUUUUAUUUUUUUCCCUCCUUGUGGUUCCACGGUGUUUGGUUGGGUUCUUUCUUUUUUUACAAAUCAUAUUUAUUUUACUAUUUUUGUAGCAGAUUAAUUUUAUUGUAUUUUUGUAUUUUUAAAGCUUCUUUACUUUGAUCCCCCAAAUGUGCAUAUUGCUGCCCAAACAUAUGACUGUGGAGGAAAAAAAAAAUACUUUAAAAGUCCACACUUUUUUUGUUAAGAAGGAAACAUUUAGCAUUUAUAUAUUUGUGAAUGGAAAACACUUGAUAUUUUAUUCCCUGUUGCAUCUGGCUGCACAGAGCCUCUCCUCAAAGAUGCUACAAAACUUGAAUAUAACACAUUUUGGAAGGCUGACUAACCUCGAUUCUGUGUUGUGACGUGCAAUACUGUUUCUAAUGUUUGUAUAAAAAAGAAUAACAGUGUAAACCUUUUUAAAUGCAAAUUUUAUUUUUUUCAUUGCAUUUUUUGCAAAUUUUAUCCACAGUGUCAUUUUUUACUGUCAGAAGAAGAAAAACCCCUUUUGUCAUUGCAAAUAUUUUUUAAAAUCCAGAAAUCUUUGUACUGAUGUAAAUGAUCGUAGUUAUUUUGGAUAGUGUUUUGCUAACAAAAGGAGAGACUUUUUUCAUGCAUAUUUCUAUUUUGUUGUCUUUUGGGUUUUUUUGUUUUUCUUUUAUUUCAAAUAGUAAAAAAAAUACUUGGAAUAAUUUUUCAUAUUCUUGUCAUUAAUAUUAUUUUGUAUUUUUGUGUGGAAAUAUAUAAUUUUAUGACGCUAAUUGCUAAAAGUUUAUUUUAUGUUGAAUUAUUUUUGGAGCUAAAAAUCUUUGUAAUAUUAAAGCAACUAGUUUCUAAAUUUCGAGUUUCUGUAAAGAAUCGCACAAGUGGUUUAUGGAGUGUUUCAAUUGUAAUUAUAAAUGGUUCUUUGAUAUGCAAAAUCAAUAUUUUCAGUUAAUUUUAUUUUGUAUUCCUAAUGUGGUGUUGAAGCAGUUUUUAUUUUAUUUUAUUUUUUCUAAAUAAAAAUAAAACCCAUGCUUUUAUGGACACAAAGGGAGCAAUCUACCAGGCACUGCGGCUGAGCCCUUGGGCUCAGUGGCGCUUCCAUUGGGAACCCAUAAAAGCCUCAUGGAAAAGAGAGGGAAGAGGUUUGGCGACAGCAGUGUUUGGUGGUUUGCACCCCAAGUGAAUCACCUUCGGCUUUAAAACUUUUGUUUAAAAAUUGGUUAAUUUUACUGUUAUCUUCCAGGUGUCUAAAUCUCCAGUCUGUCUGUUGUACUGGUAAUUUAACUCUGUAAUGGAAUAGUUUGCUGCCAAUUAUUUAUAUAUUAAGUAAUUUUUAAAUAUUUGUAAUAUCGUUGACUGACUAAUAAACUAUUAAGUUAUUGGCA